AUGGCUUCCAACCUCAGUCAAGAUGAAAUCUUGUCCCAGUUCUGCGCCAUGACUGGUGCCCGCCCAUUCCUCGACACAAAUCAAUGGGACCUCGAUGCUGCCGUUACCGAAUUCUUCGCUGAUCAAGAGGAAGAGGAGCUCCUUCAAGAUACGGAAGCUCUAGGUGGCCGCCGACUAGGAACAGACUCUAGCGACGAGGCCGAAACCGCCGCCUCACGUUCGUCAGCCCAUACCUCCGGACAAUCAAGCUCGCGACGUGCCCCAUCUAAGAAAUUUGCGACCUUGGGCGAUUUGACCUCUGGUGGUGGGCGAGACUCUGGAAACGAAGAUGAUGAAAAUCAAGACUUCUUCGCUGGUGGUGAAAAGUCUGGUCUCGCCGUACAAAAUCCAGACGACAUCAAGCAGAAGAUCUUAGAAAAGGCUAUGCGAGCUAAACCCCCUCAACCUGACGACUCAGAAACCCGCAAAUCGCAUUUCACAGGAGCUGCGCGCACUCUUGGAGGAGAUGACACCCCAAGCCAGGUGAUCCAAGACCCGAAUGAGAAUCGUCCUACACCACCACCUAGAGUACAACGCACGCUACACUUCUGGAGCGACGGCUUUUCGGUCGAUGAUGGCGAUCUCUACCGAUCCGAUGACCCCCAGAAUGCAAGCAUACUUGAGGGCAUCCGUCGGGGACGAGCUCCUUUGUCAAUUAUGAACGUGGCACCGGGCCAGGAAGUUGACGUGGAAAUCAAGCAACAUGAUGAGAAAUACACCCGACCCAAGCCAAAGUACAAGCCAUUUACUGGUUCGGGACAGCGACUGGGAAGCCCUACUCCUGCUAUCCGCACAUCCCAGCCCGAGCCUGCUGCUGCGCCCGCCUCUUCAGAGCCAGCCAAGCCAGAUAUAGACGAGUCGCAACCGGUGGUGACUUUGCAGAUCCGUCUCGGAGACGGGACGCGACUCACCUCUCGCUUCAAUACUACCCAUACUAUUGGCGAUGUUUAUUCCUUUGUAGCAGCGGCCAGCCCAGCGAGCCGAUCUCGCGCCUGGAUAUUGAUGACCACAUUCCCCAGCAAGGAGUUGGCGGACAAGGCUGCUGUUUUAGGCGAAUUGCCUGAUUUCAAGCGAGGUGGUGUCGUUGUCCAGAAGUGGCAAUAA